CCAAAGUUUAGUUCCUCAAUCGGCCUAUAUAUAUACCCACUAAUAUGCAAUGAUUUCUCCACCCAGAAAAUUUAUAUACAGAGAGAGAGGAGAGAGAGAGAAAAAGAGAGGAGAGAGAGAGAAAGAGAGAGAGAGAGAGAGAUGGGGAGAAAACCAUCCGGUGAUACAGACGGGCUAAAAAGAGGAGCAUGGUGUGCUGAGGAAGAUGAAGUCCUUACUGACUACGUCAAAACACAUGGAGAAGGACAAUGGAGACAUGUUGCUAAAAAAGCUGGGUUGAAUCGAAGUGGGAAGAGUUGCAGACUGCGAUGGUUGAAUUAUCUUAAACCAGGUGUUAAGAGAGGCAACAUUUCUCCGGAAGAAGAAGACCUCAUUAUCAGAUUGCACAAGCUUCUUGGAAACAGGUGGUCUCUCAUAGCCGGAAGAUUGCCUGGUCGAACAGAUAAUGAAAUCAAGAAUUUCUGGAAUAUCAGUUUGAGCAAGAGAAUUCAAGAAGAAAGACCUCAACGUAUAAUUAAUAACAAGCAAGCGCCUAAUGCUGGCGAUAGUCAUCAUCAACGUGGUAAUUAUUGUUCUAAUCCUUCCAAAGAUGAAGAUGGUCAAUCCAAUCCAGUGAAAUCCAAUCCGGUGGCACUAUCAGACAUCUCAGAUGAUCGUGAUCAGAAUUCGUCGUUGAGUUUUCUAAGAGAUUUCGACAGUUACAUCCAUGGCCUUUCACACGAGGCCGAAAUCAAUGGAUUUGGAAAUUAUGUGGUGGAUGAUUCGAACUUUGUUGGACAUGGUAAUGGAACCAAGUGUGAGGAUUUAGUACUAAGGGAGGAUGCAGAAGCCGCAAAGUGGAAAAAUGUGGGUGCUACCAGUGAUCACUUGUUAUUUCAACCAAACCACGAAGAUGUAGACCUCUAUGCAAUUUCAGCUUUUCUCAAUUCACAAGAUGGCUAUCAUCAGUGGGUUAAUUAAGAUUAAUCAAACCCUUAUCGCCAGUCCAAUUUUGCCUACUCCAUCUUGCUACAAUUUCCUUCUUAAUUACUUAAAUAAGUUUGGUAUGCAUUUCAAAUUCACAAAAAUACGGGGAAAACGUUGUAUAAAAAGGGGUGUGGAUGUCAUUUUUGAAGUGCCAAUAACUGCAUAUUUAUUGUAUACUUAAUGUCCAAAUAAAGGUUCAUUCGUAUGUAACUCAACUUUACCUUUACUAAACAUCAAUAUCCAUUAUUCACUAGUAUAGA